AUGGGGUUCCUGCACCAGCUGCAUCUCCUGCUCUGGAAGAACGUGACUCUCAAGCGCAGGAGCCCGUGGGUGCUGGCCUUCGAGAUCUUCAUCCCCUUGGUCCUCUUCUUCAUCCUCCUGGGGCUGCGGCAGAAGAAGCCCACCAUCCCCGUGAAGGAAGCUUUCUACACAGCAGCCCCUCUCACCUCGGCUGGGAUCCUGCCGGUGAUGCAGUCCUUAUGCCCCGAUGGCCAGAGAGAUGAGUUUGGAUUCCUGCAGUAUUCCAAUUCCACCGUGACCCAGCUCCUGGAGCGGCUCAAUGAGGUGGUGGAAGAGAGCAACCUGUUCGACCCGAAUCACCCUGGGCUGGAGGAGGAGCUGGAGUCCCUGCGGCGGCAGCUGGAGUCCCUCAGCAACAGCGAGCCCAGCUCCAUGGAGACCCACUUCGACAGCCGGGCAGCGUCCGGCUUCACAUUGGGCUCCGCGGUGAAGGACCAGAGUGAAUUUCAUCGCUUCCUCACUCGGAACCUCUCCCUGCCCAACGAGACGGCCCAGCUGCUGCUAGGCUCCAACAUCAACCUCAAGGAGGUCUAUCGCCUGUUUUUCGGCUCCUCGCCCGCCUCGGCGGAUGACGCCCACGAGAGAGAGCCCUGGGACCGAUUCAGCGCUGGGGAAAAGAUUCUCCAGCUGGAGGAGAGCCUCCUGGGCGGGUGGAGGCACCUGGAAGAUGGGCUGAUCCACAGGGCUCUGCGCGACCCCAAGAGAUACACCCACAGGCAGGCCCUCCUGCACCUCCUGUCCCAGGCCCUGGGUCUGGCCGGCGCACCCUCCGAGGCCUCUGCUUCCUACAGCCCCCAGGCCUUUGUGAAGGAGAUGGAGAGCAUCCUCUUCACGCCAUCGGUGCUGGAGCACCUGACCUGUGACCAGGAUCAGGAGGAACUGAAGCAGAUCCUGACUGUCCCUGGGAGCCGGCAGCCCUGGCUGUGGGCCUACCGGGCCACCGUCUGCAACGGGAGCGCCAGCGUCCGCCGGGAGCACUUCACCCAGCUGGCCAUGGAGCUCAAGGAGCAGCUGGACGUGCACAAAGUCGUCAGCAGGCAGACGGCGUAA